AUAGAUGUGACAUUGUGAACUGCUAUAUAACUCUUACACUUUAUCCAAAUCAUCAGUUACAUUUUAAGUCAUCAUCUCAACCUUAAUAAUGUAUUACAUUUUACUGAUGUGUUUAUUAUCAUCAACUCUUGCAAUGGAUGAAGAAAUGGCUGAAUUGGCUAAGAUGCUACGUGAUAGUUGCUCUUCAGAAACAGGGGUUGAUAUUAGCCUGCUUGACAAGGUAAAUGCUGGAGCAGACUUAAUGCCUGACCCAAAACUAAAGUGCUAUACUAAAUGUUUUAUGGAAACUGCUGGAAUGCUGUCAGAAGGUACAGUGGAUGUUGAUGCAGUUAUAGCCAUUAUGCCAGAAGAUUUUAGGAAAAGAAACGAGGACAAAAUACGAGCAUGUGGCACUCAAAAAGGGGUAGACGAUUGUGAUACAGCAUUCCUUACACAGGUUUGCUGGCAAAAAGCCAACAAGGCAGAUUAUUUCCUUGUUUAAUAAUAUUGUAAAUUUUAAAGUGUUUGAAAAAUGUGCUGUAUGUAUUAAAAUUAAAGACACCCUUU